UAAAACGAUGGCAGGCGAAAAUGGGCAGGUUUUAUUUCCGCCGGGUUUCCGGUUCCACCCAACAGAAGAGGAGCUACUGUACUAUUACCUGAGGAAGAAGGUGUCAUGUGAAGCUAUCGACCUUGAUGUUAUGCGGGAGGUGGAUCUCAACAAACUCGAGCCUUGGGACCUUCAAGACAAAUGUAAGAUCGGCUCCGGUCCUCAAAACGACUGGUAUUGCUUCAGCCACAAGGACAAGAAAUACCCAACUGGAACUCGAACGAAUCGGGCAACUGCCGCUGGUUUUUGGAAGGCUACGGGGAGAGACAAGGCUGUCUGCCUUGAAAACUCCAGGAGAAUUGGGAUGAGGAAAACCCUAGUUUUCUACAUGGGACGUGCUCCUCAUGGCCACAAAACAGAUUGGAUCGUGCAUGAAUAUCGAUUGGACGACGAUGGUUCUGAUAAAGUACAGGAAGACGGAUGGGUUCUGUGCAGGGUUUUCAAGAAGAAGAAUCAUAGCAGAUCAGUUCAUUUCGAAGCAGGUUUCGGUGAAGAAGACGACUCCACUGAAAUCAACAACGUUGCUUCUUCUGCUCAAUUGGAGGUAAGGCAUAAUCAUUUGCAAGCAUCAUAUGAUUAUUCCUUUGAUGGCAGUUCCACCAUCAACCUCCCUCAAUUAUUCACCCCACACUUAGCAGCUGUUGCGUCUUCCUUCAUGUCACCUCUCUCUUCGAACUCCAUGGAUAUCGGAUGUUUUCGAAACUCGUCGAGGCUAACAUCGACCAGAGGCGGCCAUGGACCGAUGCAGCCAGAUCAGACAAGGUGCACUAGUGGAUGGCCAUUGUUGGACAAGCUACUUGAUACUCAGCAGCCUCGGAACUGA